GGUGACACAGUUGUCUGGAUGAUCCUGUUGUGUGACCCAGUUCUGAGUGCGAGGCAGAGGUGGAGCUGGGAGUGAGGGACGAGACGUGUUUGCUGCGCUGCACCUGAGCUGUGUUUACCUGGAAGGCUGAAUCACAAUGGACUCCUCAACCAGCGGGAAACCCAAGGGGGGAACCCCGACUAGGCCUCUAACUUCUAGACCCUCUUUGUCUAGAAGCACGAAAACUGGAGGCUCCACUCCGUCUCCCAAAGUGGCCACAGAGAUCCCCCGCCCGGCUUCUUCAAGGGGUGGAGGGCCUGUGUCUAAGCCGACAUUGACUAAGGCGACUACAGCAGUAAAGGAAGCAAAUGCUGCAAAGAGCAACGCCGUCAGGACUGUAGCUGCUUCACCCAUCAAAUCCAAAACAGUCACACAUAGAGAUCCAGCAUCUGCAAUGAAACCAUCAGCCAAGCAAACAACUCGCCCUCAGAAUGGAGAGAAAGGCGCUCAACAGACGGCAUCUCCAUUAGUCAUAAAAAAAGAAGCAGCCAAGAAAAAUGCUGAGGGAGCCCAGCUCGGUAAACCUAAAUCUGGACAGGAACGAGGGAACACUACACCUUCAAAACAGAACGCAACUGUUAAAAGGGAAGUGGGCAAACCUCCAGAACAUGGAUCAGUGCCAAAAGAUAAGACAUUGUGCCUUCGACCAGAAAGUAGUACAUCUGUGCCAUCCAAGCCACUAGCCACAGCAUCGAGCCCAACUAAAACUUUGAAAGCAAACUCUCUGUCUCAUAAGCCAAAACAGAUUGUGCCUCCACCAGAAAAGCCUGUUAAUAACACAUCAUUAUCAACAAAGGCAGCCAAAAGCCCAGUGGCAGCUACUAGAUCAAGUGCCAUGACUUCAACAGCAGCAAAACCCAUUAGAACAGCAUCACCAUUGGUUAAGGCUGCUAGGCCUACACCAGCUUCAAUCAAAUCAGUAACAAAAACUCCAACAUCGCCUGUUAAACCAGUGAAUACACCAUCUGUUCCACCUAAGCUACGCAAUGCUACGCCUGCAAAACCACCAGGGAACACUGUGUCUACUUCUAACCAGGGUAAAGUACGCAAGCGAUUAUCAACCACAACUAAAGCGACGUCUGUGCCCGCUAAACAGGUAAACAAUUUACCUACAGCAAUCAAAUCAGUAAAGUCAUCUCCCCUGGCUCAUAAAUCAGUAAAGGAGGAGUGUGCUGAAGCCACACCAGUAGUGAAUCAAGUCAGUCCAAUUCUCACAUCUGAGUCUCAACAAAUCAUUAAUUCAGAAGUGGAGAAUGUAGACAUAGACAAAAAUGAAAACAUAGCUGUAUCGGAGAAGCCUCAAGAACCAGUGAUUGUAGCAGAGGAAGUAGUAGUUAUACCUGUCAAUAAUGACACAGAAAAUGCCAUGUUAGACAAUGCAAAGAUUGGUGGGGGUCUAUUAAAAGAGUCUGCGCUGCCUUUGGAAACAAAUGAAUCCAUAUCACCGGCUGAGGAAAUUUCAGUAGAAACAAAUUCACAGGAUAAAGAGACUCAGAUCUUAGUAUCAUUGGACCAAGGAGUAAAAUCUCCCACAAAACAAGUUACACCUUUAGAGGAAGAGUUUAGUCCUUCAGUUGAAGAAGAACCAAGGUCUGAAUCUUCAAUUGUAUCAGCAGAACCUGUUCAGGAGCAACCAAAUGUUCUCAGUGAACAUUUAGAAGAAACUUUAAUUUCUCCUCUAGAAGAAAUAUAUUGUACCAUGGAUGCUAGCAAACCUUUUGAGACCCAACAAUAUGUUCCUAUCGAAGUUUCACCAAACAAACUCAGGUCUCCUCUUGAGCUAGCCAUACCAUCUGCAGGGCCAGACAAACCUUUGGAGGAAAAAGUAGAAAGUACAAAAGACCUGAAAGAAGACACAACGUCUUCAGAACAACCAGUUAAUAACAUAAGUGAUGGGGUUCAUAUUUCAAUCAAAACAUUAGAUGAUGAUGAUGUUGCAUCUCCCAUUGAACCCUCAAAUGAGACAGUAGAACCUGUAAUAGAAGAAACUAGAUAUUUAGAUGAAGAACAAAUUGUUUAUAUGGAUAGAGGAACCCAUUCAAAUAAUUCAGAGAGAAUGCCAAUCAAACCCUUAGAUGAAGAAACAUUUACGGCAGAUGGUGCUGAACCAUUAGAAGAUGUAGUGACAUCUUCUUUAGAGCAAGUUACACCUUUAGAAGAAGAAGCUGUAUUGUCAGAAGAUGAGCUAGAACCUGUAGAACAUAAAAGCGCACUGUUGGAGGAAGAAUAUAAAAAUUCGCCAAAUACUUUAGAUCAACUAGAAGUAUCUCCUUUAGAUCCACAGGACCCACUAGAACUACUUACAUCUUCGACUGAGGAAUUAACACCUUCAGAAGAACUGGAGCUUUUAAAGGAUGAAAAACAAACAUUACAGGAAAGAGUAUCAUCCUCACAACAUCUAGAUAUGACAGAAACAGAGGACAAAAUGGACAUAGCCAAGCCAACAGAGAUAGGAGCCAUUUCAAUGGAUCCAUUCAUAUGUUCAAAGGAAGAAAUCAACACUUCAGUGAAACACUUUGGAGAGACUAUAAUAAACACAGAGUCAAAAACAUCUUUGGAGAAAAAAAUACAUUUGAAUGAAAUACUACAAUCUUCAUAUGAAGUAGUUAAACAUUCAGAGGAAGGAAUGACUUCAUCAUUGGAUUUAUUACAGUCUUCAGAUGGGAAAGCUAGAUCUUUAGAAGAAGGAGCUGAAACAUUACAGUCUUCAGCUGCCGAAGGCAGUUCUUACGAAGAGGACGCAAUGUUAUCAGUAGAACCCUUACAAGAUUCAAUUCAAGAAGUCAAACUUUUAGAGAAGGUACCCUUGUCAUCAGUAGAACCACUACAGUCUUUAUCACCUGUACUCAAAUCUCCACAAGAAGACAAAAUAUUUUUAAUGGAAGCACUGCAGGUUUCCGUUGGAGACAUCAGAUCUUCAGAAGAAGAACCAAUGUUAUUGGUAGAACCCUUACAGACUUCAGUUAAAGAAGUCAAGCUCUCAGAGAAAGAACCCUUGUCAGUUGAAUUUUUCCACUCGUUAGUUGAUGCAAACCAGUCUUCACAAGAACAACCAAUGUCAGAAGAAUUACAACAGCCUGCAGUUGAAGAAGUCAAAUCUUCUCAGGUGGACCGAAUGUUGUCAAAAGAACCACCAUGUUCUUCAGGGGAAGCAGACAGAAAUGUGGGUGGAGAACAUACAUCAUCACUGGUAAUGCUACAGUCUUCAUUAGAACCCCUGGAUCCUUUGGCAGAAAACUUACUUUGUUCAAUUGACCCACUAACACAAACCAAAGAAUCUAUAACUUCACUGAAAGAAGCAACAACAUUAGAAGGGUCACAAUCACCAGUACAAUUGCAAGACCUAAGUCAAAAUGUGUCAUUAGAAAACACUAAAGACGUGCCACAUGAACUUAUAGAAGAAGAAGGUGAUGCUUCUUUAGAAAAGAAAGGAGAAGUAGUCCUAUUAUUGGAACAGCAAGGACAUGUAAUAGAGGAGGGUAAUUCAAUAAAAGAAACAUUACAAUAUGAAGCAAAAAUGCUUGGUUCUUCCACUGCAGAAUCAUCAGAGAAUGUGGAGCAAACAAACAAAGCUGCAAACAUACAUCCAGAGGAAUUUCAGGAGAAUAUUCCAGUUGGGUCAAAGCUGUUUGAAGAACCAUUAAUAAUGAUGCAUGAGCCUGACCACGGACCACCAAAGCAUAUAAUUGCAGCUGAAAAACAGCUAGACUCAGCAGAUGUAAGGGUCGAGGGAAUAAGUAAUCCAAUAAAAGUAGAUCAGUCUGUCCAGGAAUCUGUACUGCUCCCAGAGGAACCAUUAGCAUCCAGAGAUGAGUUUAAAACUAUUUCUGUGGAAGCAGUUGACUACCCAGAGAAACCAAUAAAAUCUUCAUUAGAACAGGUCAAAUGUGCAGAUUAUGAUGAAGAGGCUACAAAACCAUCAAUACAUGAAUUAAUGGAUUAUCGUGAGUAUCUUAUAACAUCUCCAGAAAAAUCAUUGGACACAGUUAUGUUUUCAACAUCAAGAGAUUUGGAUGCAUUUUCCUCCGAGACAGUGAAUAUCUACAGUAUUGAAUCAGCUUUACCAAAUUACCAAGAAAAUUUGGGAAAAUUGGAACCAGCUAAGCCGUUGACAUCAGAGGAUUAUGCAUCUGAGACCUUGGUUGAACAACACGUGAAUAAGCCAUUAGUUUCAGAUCUAGAAAAAUCAAUAGAUUCAGAUUUCUAUGUGACUAUGGAUACAACAAAGCAUGUUAGGAACCUUUGCACAAACCAAGUCAUAGGCACGGAUAUAGAAGAAAUCAAGCCCUCAACCACAGAAGUAGUCUGUGUUUCAGAAGAACCAAUUUUUUUUACAGAUGAAGAAUCUUUGGAACCAUUAGACAAGAGUACUGAUGUUCUUGAGCAAUACAAUCCUAUAGAAAUUCUAGAACAAACUAAACCUGUUGAGGCAAAACCUGCCACAGAAGUAAGCUUUUCAGAUGAAUCUACCAGCAUUUCACAUACUGAGACUUCAUCUCCAGAACAUAUGUUCUCUCCAGCCUCAAAUACUAUCUCAGUGCUGCCAACACAGCAGAAUGUUGAGGUUAGCAAAACAAGUGAUUUACAUCCAUUGCAGAAUGAACAUCCCUCCGAACACCCACAGGACACGGAAAGGGAAUCAUGGGUGCUAGUAAAGAUGGAUGAGUUAUCAGAUUUUAAGGAAGAGCCUGAAGAGAGACCACUGAGACCUGCAAGUCUAAAUCAAGAGGCUGAGGUGCAGGAUGAACAAAAGGCAGAGGAAGAGCAGAUGGAAAGGGCUUCAGUCUGCAGUACCUUGAGUGAUCCCCAACUGGCGGCAAAAAGUAGUAGCGAGACAAGUACUCCUGAAGAGCUGAAAACCUAUGAAGAUUCUAGUUCUGGGGUGGAGUCCCACUCAGAUGAUGCUGCUACAUCCCCACAAACUACACUCACACCUGACCCAGAUUUGGGUAUUCAUAUGGGACAGGAAGAAGGAACAGAAACUCCAGCUGGUACACCAGCUUCAAACAACAAGGGGGUACCGCCUCCACUGCAGAUUGUAGACAUUGAGGGGAAGUCUCAAAGUACUUCUCUGUGUGGUAUCUUUGAGUCCGCAGAUAAUGAACAAAUUGUACGGAAAAAAGAAGUGACGACUUCUAGCGAAUCAAGAGAACAUGAUUAUGAGGAGACACCAAAAGAAAGAGGAGCCCAAAGAGGUAAUGAUGACUGACUGUGUAGUGCUUGGAGUAAGACACC